GAGAGUUACUUGGGACCCACCUUCAUAGACGACGGUCGGUUGGCGUUAACUUCUGUAACGGACUUCAGAAUAUCAUACUUCUCAGUCUUACAGUUUCCGUAAGAUGUCGGCUUCCGAGGAGAAGAAGGCCCUGCCUCCUGCCGAAAUGACACUCGGUGGUGUCUUCCCGGAUGAGAUUGCGAGCAUUAAGCAACAAGCCAAACCGGGAUCCGAGAAGCGGCUGAAAGUCCUGCUCGUCCUGAGCUGCACGCUAGUGGUGCUGCUGAUCGUGGCAGGCGGUGUUUCCCUGGGCCUGUACAUGCACCAGGAUUCGGUCAUCACUCGCACGCUAAAGUUCCGGGAUGGAAACAACCUGUACCGUGAGACAGUGGAGACCGACACGGACGACAAUACCGACACCUUCUACACCGAGGGUGACAACGGUGUGGCGGCGGUCAUGUUCGACCACAACAAGGGUCUGAAAGCCUACAAGUUUUCUGGAAGAGGCAUGUGCUUCAUCGUUCCGGAGGACAAGGAAGAAGACAAGAUAGUGAAAGAAGCCGCGAGGGAGUUGGAAAACAAAGAGGAGGGGUCCACGCAGCCCUCCAAGAGCGGCGGCCGCCGGAAGAUGACCCUGGACGAGUCCCGUACAGACGCCCCUGAGUUGAGUGAAGCGAUGGGGUUCUUCUGCGGCGACCUGGAGCCCCGCUGGGCCACCAUCGAACUGCCGGACAGCGAGGAGGCAACCGGGGGCAUUGUGCUGAUACUUCCCGGUAUGUUUAGCAGAAUCAUAUCAAAUUGGCUUCAUUUUGAGUUACCAAACAUGAGCUAG